AUGAGAAUGUCAGCUGUAGCUGCUUUCGCUCUAGCCCUUGGUCUCAUCCUUGUGAACUUCACAAGGCAAUGCCACGCUGCUCUUCAGGUAGGAUAUUACAAGGACAAAUGCAUGUUAAAAGAUGUUGAGGGCAUUGUUUUCUCUGCAGUCGCACGAAGAUUCGACAAGGAUCCAACAAUUGCAGCUGCUCUCAUUCGUUUACACUUCCAUGACUGCUUUGUCAAUGGAUGUGAUGCAUCAAUUCUCCUAGACGGUAACUCCAGUGAGAAAACUGCGCCUCCAAAUCGAAGUGUUAGGGGUUAUGAUGUUAUUGAUGAAGCAAAGGGUGAAGUGGAGAAAGCCUGUAAAGGAGUUGUUUCUUGUGCUGAUAUCAUAGCCAUGGCUGCUAGAGAUGCUGUAGCGUUGAGUGGAGGAGGGCGGUACAGUGUUGAGACGGGCAGAAGGGACGGGUUUGUAUCUUUGGCUUCGAAUGUAGAUCUUCCGUCUCCAAGUUUCUCAGUUUCCCAAUCCGUUGAUGCAUUUGCCAAGAAAGGACUUGAUCCUACAGAUAUGGUUCUUCUUCUUGGUGGUCAUACAGUUGGGGUUGCACAUUGUUCUCUCUUCCAAGACCGACUUUACAAUUUCCAGAACAGCGGGGAGCCAGACCCGACGAUGGAUCUAUCCUUACUUCGGAAACUGAAAUCAAUCUGUCCGCAAAAUUCACCAGCCGACAGAUCUGUUGACCUUGACCAGAAUCCUCUGAGUUCAUUAACCGUGGACAACUCCUUCUACAAACAGAUAAUUCUCAAGAGGGGAAUUCUUCAAAUUGAUCAAGAGCUGGCCUUCGACCCCUUGACUAAUGGCACAGUGGCCAGUAUAGCCACCAGCAAUGACUUCCCUGCUAAGUUCGGACAGGCAAUGGUUAAGUUGGGAGCUGUUGAUGUCCUUACAGGCUCACAAGGGGAGAUUAGGAAAUCAUGCGGUGUCACCAAUAGUUAUCCCAACUUCCUCCAUUUUUGAAUGAUUUGUUUUUUUUUCUUCAGAUAUUUUUAGGAUGAGUAUUC